AUGACAUAUGAGUUGAAAAUGAUUAAGAAAAACAAAACUGGGGAGUUGGUGAAUAGACCAACAGAUAAGCUUGUAAUUGGUGUUAAAUGGGUGUACAAGACCAAACUCAAUCUAGAUGGCUCAAUUCAAAAGAACAAGGCAAGGAAUGAUGAUGAAAUGCUACACUGGUUUAAGGAAGAUAUGAUGAAAAGGUAUGAAAUGACAGAUUUAGGAUUGCUGCAUCAUUUUCUUGGUAUGGGAGUAAUACAAAUAGGUUUAAGCAUUUUCGUGCACCAAAAUAAAUAUGCUUCUACAUUGCUAAAUAAGUUUGGCUUAACAAAUUGCAAUCCAUUUCUCACACCAUUGAUUGCAAAUGAGAAACUAAGCAAAGAAGAUGGAAGUGGAGCUGCAGAUGAAGAGUUCUAUCGGAGAAUUGUGGGAAGUCUUAUGUAUCUUACAGCUACAAGACUAGAUAUCAUGUUUGCUGCAAAUCUUCUAGCAAGAUUCAUGCAUUGUCCCACAAAGAAGCAUCUUGGCAUAGCAAAGAGAGUACUAAGAUAUGUUAAAGGCACUCUAGACUAUGGUUUACAGUAG